AGAGACAGCAAACGCCAAAAACAAACAUCACAGUAGCUGUCACUUGUUCUAUUCCUUGAUUUGUUUUGGAAAUUACGAAAAUAAAUAAACUGCAAACAGGAAGUCUACCAAAAUACUCUAAUAAAACAAUUAUAUCUAGCCCACAAACCAAAUAUUAGAUUCCUGUAUAUUAUUAUAGAACAAACAAUGUGAAAACUUGAAUGUUUUGAGAAGCAAAUCGGAAAAAUGUCUUCAGCUCUUGAAAAUGAAGAUUUGGAGAAUGUGGCGCUCGUUAGGAUGGAGGACGUUCAGCCUUCGAGGGAUAGGAUAGACAGGACAAUAGAGAUACACAUCCCUCCUGCGUCUGAGGAGGAUAUUUUCGAGGUCGGUCAGGAUGAUAUACUGGAUUACAACGAUUAUAUUGAUGAAGAUAGUGACUCAAAUAUCGGGAGUAUGGUCUCCGUGCACUCUGAGGAGUUGUGUGAUGAAGAGGAUGAGGAUGGGUGCAGUGAUACCGAAGAGGUGAUUGUUCCUGAACUGCUGGACCAUCCAAGAAUGAAGGACCCUUUGAGAAUAAGAACACUAUCCAAAUCAGACCAGACAGACAGUUGGCCGACAUUGGAAAUAUUGCCCGGAGGUGUAAUAAAGAGUUCCAUAGACUGCGAAGUAUUUCCGACCAAAACGGAAACUAAACCGUCGAGGGAGGGCCAGGGAGAGAUGAUGUAUGCAUGUGCCAAAUGCUCGCAAAUGUUCAAGUACCUGUUCUGCCUUGUCAAACAUGUUAAAUGGCAUGAAGAUCAGAGCAAAGUGAUGAGUACUCCGCAUUUACGGAGAAUAAAUGGAUACAAGCCCCAAGAAUACAUCUGCCUACACACAGGUAAUAAAAAAAUAAUGUUACCAGACACAAAUUGUAAAGGGAAAUUACCAAAGAGGUUAAAAUCGUAGUAUUUUUUUUAUUUAUUAAGAUAACUAGGUUUACAAUUGUUUUCAUGUUGUGUUUAGAUUUUUAUUUUUCAUUUAAAAGUUUUAUUAAAUUGUUAUUAGGCCUAGGUACUGUAAAGCAGAAAGAGAAAACUUUUGUAUGAUAUUAUUUAUUAUUUUUCAAUUAAAUGUUUGUGCAAAUUUAAUGGGAGGUUCUGUAAAACUGUACCCUUAGUACGAGUUCAGAUUGGCCUGUGCAAAUAAACCAAUCAAUCAGAGCGCCAAACACGCUCUCGUUUCAAUUUCGUGAAACGUAAAACUAACUCGUUCUAAUGGUACUGGUUCUAAGCCUAUUUAAAUAAUCUCCCUCCUAUAAUUCAGAGGUGCAAUAAAAAAUAGGGCUUGACUCCUAUUUUGUUGUGAUCAUAAAAUUACCCAUUCAAUGGUUUGUUUUUUUGCUAAAACCUAUCACAGACAAGUGUGCUAUAAAGACCAAAAAUGUUCAAGUUGCUAAAAUGGUGUAACCAACAAGACAUAAAAUAGUGCCAAUCCUUUUUCAGAGUCAAAUGGGUAGCCUUUUAGGACUGGCAAAAAAUUAUUACUUUUUAACAUUAUGGACUACUUUAAUUACAUUUAGUUGUUAUGCAUGAACCCAAAUAGAUUACUAUUAAAGGUACGCGUCCAAGGGCCCGCAACGUACGCAUCGCACGCAACGCAACUUGUAUAGAAACGCAUACAACUGCGUCCACGGAUCCGCAUCGUACGGACCACAUCAUUGGCAAUGUCUACUCGAACAUGCGAUGCGUACCGAUGACGUUAUAUGGAAUGCGUAAGAUACGUACGAUGCGGGUCUGUUGACGCUUACCACCGCUUACCUUAAAAGUCAGACUAUAAACUUAGUGAGGCUAAGAUGCUAUUUAAUCUUAAUAGUCUGUCUUGUAUGAAAUGUUUAAAAUAUUAAAUAAGGAUAAUUAUUUCGUCACUAUUAUGUGUCGAAAAAGUAAAAUAUCGAAUAUUUUAAAAAAAGUGAGUGACUAUGUAUGUGUUUUAUUGGAUCAAUAAUAUGUGUCAAACAUUUUGUAUAAACUAAGUGUAUAUUUUGUGUCUAUGUAUGUGAGUUCUCUAUGUCGAUAUAAUAGUAACGUAAUAUAAUAUUUUCAUAUGUCUAAGAUAUAAGUGUAUGUUAAUAAAUAUGGUCUAAUCUUACUAACAAGUGAUUAAGGCUAAGUUACAUUCAAUUUGUUUAAAAAACUUUAAAAAAGAAAGGGCGUGAAUUUUCAUUACUCCAUUGUAUUUAAGUCAGGUAAUAUCCCCAAAGCCUUUUCCUAAGUCUAAAAAAUACUAUGCUAAAACCACAUCAAAGUCGGUUCAGCCUAAAGUGAGAUAAUCGCGCACAAACAUUCAUACAUAUAAGUCAAACUAAGAACCGCUUUUAUUCUAAAGUGGAUUAAAAAUAUUUUCUGUUAUACUACUACGUUUAAUGCAGGAUUUAUGUUAUUUAUUUGUUAAGAAAAGUGUUUUUAAAAUAUGAUCGUUGUAAUAAUUAAUGUAAACAAAAUAGGUAAUUCCUUCAUUCAUAUCGAAACACUGAGUCUUGUUAGUAAGUUAAGUUUCAAGUCAAUUUCUCAGUGAAUUUUACUACCCUUAGUAUCGUAAGUGACCCGGUUGUGGCCACUUUAAGAAUUUUGUCGACUUUAAGGCUUUCUUAACUUAGGAGAUUUUGUCAUCACGAAUAUAUUUCUUGUAAAAAGUCAUUUAACAUGUAUUAACCUUGCCUAAGAAAACCCUUUUUUUAAAGAACGUCAAAUAGAAAAAUAACUGUAUAAAAAAGAAAAAAAAGGGAGCUUGUGCCAUUUUUGGCCAGAUUCGUGCCAUUUCUGGCCACGGUCGUGUGCCAGUUCUGGCCAUCAAAAAAUACAAUAAAAGUAAUCAAAAAUUAAUUAAAUUUGAUAUUUUAGAAACAAUGGUUUUCAUUUUGUCUGGAAAAUAUGAAAUAUUAUUACUUCACUUGAAUUUAACUUACAAAUAAAGAGAUCAACAUUUACACGACGUUGGUAAAAGCUGCAAAGUAAACUGACCUCCCUUUGUGUGAAGGCAAUUUAUUGCAUCUCUGAAAAUGAAAAAUAUGUAUUUGUUGAUAUGUAAAGCCAAGGAAAAAUAAUAAAUAAAUUACGAUAAAUGACUAGAAUUAGGGCGUUGAUGUACAAAAGUUUUGGCCAGCCGUGUGGCCAAAGAUGGAGAAAUUCAUAAUUUUGUCUCCAUUAGUGGCCACCUUCUAAUAAUCCCACUUCAGAAACAUAUGGCGACAAAAUUACAUUAGUUCCACUUAGACAAUAUAUUCUUUAUGUAGUAUUAACAUAAACAUCCAAACAAUAAGCAAAGAUUAAAAAAAUAAAAACCAAAUCCUCACCCGCUCGCCUUAGCCUUUUUGUUAAGAUCUUAACAAUUUCACCCUCAACUAAAAAGAAUGACUUGUUGCAUCGAAGUGAAGUUUGACACAUCAAAGCUGCCAACGGUAUCAGUGUCUCCAAUAUUCAAUAUUUUAAAUACUGUACAUCACAGAGUAAUUUAUUUGUCCAUGCCUUAGUUAUAAAUAUUUGAAGGCCCAAGUGGCCACAAAGGGGUCGAUGGCCACAACCGGGUCACUUGCCCUACGAGUUUGUUUUACGUUGACCGAAAACAAAACGAGAGCGUUUUGUCGCUGAUUGGUGGGUUUAUUUGCGCCGGCCAAUCAGGUUUCGUCCUAUGUAUUUUCUUAAAACAACUCGGUAGUUUUAAGGAAAAUCAGGAGGUGAAAACGAAUUAAUAUAUAAGAAAUAUGUAUACUUAUUGUUCUUAAAGGCAUACAUAUCUAGGUAUAUGUUUAGUAUAAGAAGUAGGUAUUGUUUUAAAUAAGGGACAAUUCUUAAAUCACACGAAGAGUUAUUCCGUGAACCGAACUCCGACUAUGAAAUUAAUCUUUAUUCAAAAUUCAAUAAUCAUCAUAAAUAAAUUAAAUGUAAUUACGCACAGUUAAGUAGCUCCUAUAAAGUUAUUUGCCUGUACUAGGACUUCAAAGGAGAGAUGAGUUAGAUGAGUUCUUAAAGCAAUCAUUAUCUACGCGUAGUUACGUCCCUUAUUUAAUGUUUAAAUGGUCUCGAAUUGUAUAUAAAAUAAUUAACCUCUGUUUAAUCACCCCCUGUCCAUGUAUUUCAUAAGAUACCAUUAUAUCCACUUUGUUAACCAAUAUUAUCGUUGUUGUGUAAAACGCUCAAAACAAAACUCUUGACCUCUCUGAAGUUGGCACGUAUGCAGGAGUGAGCGAGAUGUAAUUACACAUGAACGGUUGCGAAAGAAAGAGACAACGAUAAGAUUGUAGUUUGUAGUAAACUUCAGACAGGUCAAGUUAUGUUGGUAGUUUUUUAAGUGUAUUUUUAAGAUGUCGUCUUUAUUUUGUUUAUUAUAGUUUUGUUAAAAAUUUAAAGUUAGCAUUGACUGUAGUAUACAGAGAUUUAUAUGGUACAUAGCACAUAUGAAGUUUGCAUACAAAGAAACACGGAUAGAAAAUCUCAACGAAUAACCGUUGGGCUGAAAGCCUGCCAAGCACAAUCACUUUGCCUGGUCGGAGGAUUCUCCUUUUCUUACGGCCAAUUUUAAUAACCUAUCUAUCUGUACAUUUGCCUACUAGAAAUCGAAUUUUGAGACAUUUUGUAUGGAGCUUAUGUUAAAAUAUUAUCUCUAGUAGGCAAAUCUUCAGAUAGAUAGGUUAUUGAAAUUGGCAGUUAGGGAACUAUACUCUGUUCCCUAAACAAAAUCAAAUUUUAGUUUUCUGAUUUUAAUUAUUGUAUAGUCAAUGCUCAAUGCUAACUUUGAUUUUUUUAACGUUAUCGUAGUGAUAAAAAUGUAUUAUUUUGGUUCCAAGGGGCCACAUAUUGUUAGUCAAUUAAUAUAUUAUAUAUCAACUGUUGUAAGUUUUUUUUAAACAAAAUAUUGAAUUUUUUUAACAAAUAAACAUUUUAAACUUUAAAA